UUUAAUUACUUUGGAAUAUUAUGUAUUGAAGUUCAACACCAUGGGAGUUGAUAAAUAUUUAUACUGCUCCCACUUUGCCUCAAGCACAAUAUCAGAAUUCUUACUCUGUAAAUGCCCACUGAGCUAACCCUAAUGAAAUUUUUGCAAAAGGAGAAAUUGGUGAAAAGUCGCAAUCCAAAUCUAAUUACUCAGUUUGGAAUAUUCCAGAAAUUUCUUACAUCAAAAUUCCUGUAUCAAAGGAUCAGGAGUUCAAUUGCAACAACUCUCAGCAUACGAGUCUAAACCAAAAACUCAUCCAAGGAGACUUCCAAAACUCUAAAUCUACUUCUCUACCAACCAUCAAGCUCUCUUACAUCUCUAAACUUAUCGGAGUUAUGCUGCUGGUCUGUCUGAUGGUUACCUGUAUCAUCAACUUAGCAACUCUCGGUGAUAGUGUAGAUGAGGAUCUUAAUGGCAAAGCUGCCAUUUUCUACAAGAUCUCAGAGCCUAAGUCUAUUGGAGAAAUGUCAGCAUUUGAUGUGAGAGUCAAGAGUUCUUUAGGUCAAUCAGAGCUUUCUCAACACCAGACACUAGUUAUGAAUAUUGACAAACCUAAUACAGACUCAACUAAGUCAUUUAAGGGGAAUGAAGAAUCCUCUUCUGAAGAGAACAACACAGGCAUUUUUGAGGUUGGAUUUUCUAUCAUUGCAAACAAAUUGGAUGAGUUAGCUUCAAGUCUUACUAGAGGAAGACCUCUGACACCUCCUGACACUUUAGAUAAUGAAGUAUUUUCAGAAGAAGUAAAGGCUCCUCUUAGAGUUCUAUAUGAAACUUUUGAUGAUGAAACAAAGUAUAUAUUUAGAGAUGAAAUUUACCCAUAUGAUGGACUUCCAUCUGUCUUAGAAGUAAAAGAUGUUUACUCAGAUUCAGACACUGACAAUAUGGAAUAUCCAAAGCAUUGAGAUAUCGAUGAAGUAGAGUUAGAAAGGGACUAUAUGAAUAGAGAAAGCUCAUCACCAUGGAUUCUGAAGUAUUAAAGAAAAUAAUUUUCAAUAAGAUACACUUCUGUUCAGUUAA